GACCUGUCUACCGCAUGGAGUUCGAGGCCCGACCCUACCCUGACCCUCAGGUUUGAACCGCAAUAACAACUCUACCUGUGGCUGAAAUGUACGGUUUUGUCAUCUACGGGAGCAGUACCGGAGGUGGAAAAUGUGAUCAUCAGCCUUUCUAGUGUCCAGCUGCUCUGGAUUCCGCAAUGUUCACUAAGAACGGACGCAUCGUCCUACGACUUCAGGUCAGAGAGACACGUGGCAUCAACCAGAGCAUCUGCGAAAUGAAUUUCAUCCAACAUCGACAAUACCUGAGCAUUCUUAAAGUCGCAGCCAAUUCAAAGGAGAAGCACUGAGCACCUGAAAUCAAAAGUCCUGGCAAGUUUGAGAUCAUCUACGACUCAGUCAGCAAAAUUUGUUGCCAGUGCCAAGAACACUCUCAAAUGAAGAGCAGUGUUUGAAGAGGUUGACAUUUGACAUACAGUUUUGCAAAGACCAGAUUCCUCUACGCUGAUGGGUUGAGUUUUGUGUCGUCACCGACAGACCAAGAUUAAAAUCCUGCCUGAGCUUGGCAACUUGUCCUUUGGCUUAAUGAAAGGUGCUGGCUUUUUCAACAUCUUUGGAGAGAAAACCAGAUGGAUGUCAUCAAAAGACUUCAGCAUUAAAAUCCAUCACCGAGAAAAGUUGAAAAUCCAGUCGAGCUUGCGAUGGCCUACAACUUUCUAAAUGUGGCUGCAGGUGGCUGAUAAAAUGCGGCCAACUUUGGCUCAAGAAGCGUACAGUCUGUUUUCACUCAGGGUUGGCCUUUUGCUCGCAUUGCUGGACAGUACGAGCUGCGUGUCCACGUCGUCGUCCUUCGCCGAUUCCACCAUUCCGCCUGCACAGAGCAACCAGACGGACUCGGCAGGUCCGUACCUGGCGCACCAGCACCAAGAGAAGGAGCCCGAAUCUGUAACCUGCUACACGUGUGUCAAUGUGUCGGACAACUUGAUAUGUAAUCGAUUUGCGAUUGAUCGUCCGUGUCCCUCGGGUGAAGUGUUCUGCCAUACUUUGCACAUAAUGGAUUCCCACGGCGGCAGCGUAAUAGUGCAUAAAAAGUGCGCCGGCCCCAAAGAAUGCUCCCCUGCAACGGUCGGUUGCCUCGAUAUUGACUCGCAAAGAAUUUGCGUGUCGUGCUGUGACUCGAUGUACUGCAACGAGGCUGUGCCGACGAACCACACGAACGCCGUGUUCUCCGCCACGGCCACCCCUCAGCCGCCGCACCAAACCAGCCCCAGCUCGGCAGCCACGGCAGUCGCGUCGUCGGUGCACAAUGGCGGCGCAAGGACACUUUUCGUCGGUCAUCGUUCCUUUCGCGUUCUGCUCGCCGCGUUUUCCAUCUCCUUCCGAGUGGUGCUCUAAUUUGAUACACACUUGAAAGUCAAAAUCGUGUUCAAUAAAAAAACAAGAAUGAAGAAGACAUUUCUGGUGCUCUUUUGGGACUCGGCGCGCGUGCACAGUUUUGGAGAAAAAAACGUUUUCGCAAAACAACGCAAAAGAAAUUUAAUUGGUUCUCGGUGUUGCCAAAACAUCGAGAGAUUUCGGCCGGUAUUUUUUCCUAGAAAUGAAAUCACUAAAUUUCGUCAUCAUUCUACAGGUGGAUAUGGAACGGUGCGUGUAAAAAAUAUUCACAUGCUCAGAGGGUUUUUUGGGAGGUAAAUUUACUGAUUAAUUAUAUUUGAGUAAUUUUACAAAGAUUGUUGUUUUGUAUUUAAGAAAUUUGAUCAUUCCAAUGAUCGUGUUGAUUUACAAUUUUAUGAAGAUAUAUUUUAUUUAAUUUGCACUACGUUAAUCCUUUUCAAAAUUAGUUUUCACUAUUGGGCCAAAAUUCUGUCUUUGUUCUCAAAAUUUUUGUCCAACCCUUUAUCGAAAAGCAAUAUUGUAGAACGCAAUGUUUCCAGUAAAAGUGGUUUAGCUAUUGAAUAAUUUUGCAAUUCCACGCACGUGAAUAUUCAAACGCACAGCCACUAACAUUUUUAACGAUCUGCGCACUUUUUAAUUUCACAUAGCAGACCUAUUGUUUAGACAACGCAUCAAAAAGAUGAGAGAAAUAAAUAAAAGCACCAAUCCCUCGUGUGGACAACCCUCCCAUUUUCACCCCUUUAGAGAACUGACACGUCUCAUCUCAAUAUUGUUGAUAUAAGCAAUCGCGCCGCGGCUUAUUGGUUUAAUCUGUGAAUAAAAAAGUAAUAUUAUUAUGAGAGAAACAAAAAAUAUUGAAAAGAAUGUUAAAAAGUAUAUAUUAUUGUUUUUAAAAAAGCGUUAUUUCAAAUGUUUAACAUUGAAAAGCUCCUAUUGUCAAUAAUAUACAUGCUGAAUUCAACGCUAAGUCUAUUUUUCAAGAGAGCAAGUGCGUGUGUUGAAUGAAAAGAGUCUCUGGAUCUGAAGAAUUUUUAUUGUUUCCAAGACGGAGGCUGCGAGAGAACGAGAAAAAAUGUGCAGUUGUUGACUUUGAUUGAAAGUCCCGAGGGAGGAAGCAGUAAAUGCUCAGCCGCCGAUACAUUAAAGUGCGAAUCUCCUCCUUCUUUUUCUCUUCUCUCCAGCUAGCACUCAAUGUAAAUAAAACGAACCAUUCUAUAUCAUUAUACGCUAUAGGUCGUGUAAUAAAAAAUUUCACUGCUCAUGACGCUGCUUGGAAAAAAUAUGACAGAAAGAGAGGUGGUGUCUCAUUUUUUUGCAUUGCAAAAUAUAUCCUGGUCGGAAAUCACCCGUGGCGCUAAUUCAUCACAUCUUUUGACGGGGAACAAAAGGAUUUUGGUUGAAAAGGGCAAAAAUGUAAAUUCCAUUCAUCUUAUUAUUUUUUGAGUAAAAAAAAAUGCAACACAGGCAGACUAAAAAAGUUGAUUUCGUGUAAAUCAAAAAUUGGAUUAUUUAAUUCGCUAUUCAAUUCUUUUGGGGGAAACUCGU